AUGGCCAUCCAGCGUGCAGAAGCCGAGACCAGGAUGCAGCUGGAAUCGGCUCGACAGCUCCGAAUCGAGGCUUUCAAGGCAGCGCAGGAAGCGCAGCACUUGAAGUCUGAGUCCUCAGAGGCAGCCCUUGUCCUGAGCGAGUGCAAGGCAGCUUUGGAAGAGCAUGAUGCAGACGAAGAGAGGCAGAGUGAGCUGGUUGAAGAGAACUCCGAGAUGGAGGCAGCCCUGACAAGUGAGACAGCUAUCGUUCACGAGUUGCGGAGUCUUUGCACCUCAGAGUCCAAAUGCUACAGCGUUGCUAUGCAUGAAUGUGAUGCAUUACGACGAGAGCUGCAUGACCUCACUCGCAUCUUCCCAGUGCCAAGUCCUGGUCAAGCAGCAGGUGGUUAUCCUAUUUUAAGUCCGCCAACCUCCACGAGCAACGCAAGCGGACGAAGUCCUUCCAGCAUGGCAAGAUGA